GAAAAGAACCCUAGGCUGCUGCAAGCAGCGUCGAAGCGUUUAACAAUUUCAUUCAUUCAGAAUUCUAAGUUCUAACAAUGACGAACAGCGAGGUUCGCAGCAAAAAACGCAAGAAAUCCAGCAAACACCAUGCACCAAACAACAACCACCAUGGCGAUGAAGAGCAAGAGCUUCCUUCUUCAGAUUCUGCUAAGCGUGCAAAGUCCAGCAAACCCUCCAAGCCUUCUGGGUUUCUGGAAAAGAUGCGGGCGAGGUUGUCUGGUGGGCAUUUCAGGAUGCUGAACGAGAAGCUAUACACUUGCACUGGGAAGGAGGCGCUAGAUUAUUUCCAGGAAGAUCCGUCCCUGUUUAACUUGUAUCAUGCAGGAUAUCAAACACAAAUGUCGAAUUGGCCUGAACAGCCGGUUAAUGUAAUUAUUAAGUGGUUGAGAAAACAGAACCCAUCUUUUGUUGUUGCUGACUUUGGUUGUGGGGAAGCACUCAUUGCUAAUAGUGUGAAGAAUACUGUCUUCUCUCUGGAUCUUGUCUCUAAUGAUCCAAAAGUAAUUGCUUGUGACAUGGCAAAUGCUCCCAUUGUCUCGUCAUCUGUUGAUGUUGCUGUCUUCUGUCUUUCAUUGAUGGGAACCAACUACCAAAGUUACAUUCAAGAAGCAUACAGGGUACUUAAACCAGGUGGGUGGCUUCUGAUAGCAGAAGUUAAGAGUAGGUUUGAUCCAAAUACUGGAGGAGCAGAUCCAGAAAAGUUCUCAAAGGCUAUUUUGGAGCUAGGUUUCAACUCUGUGAAACAGGACUUCUCCAAUAAGAUGUUUAUUUUGUUUUACUUCACAAAAAAGGAAAAGAAAAAUUCUAAAAAGAACAUUGAAUGGCCAAUGCUUAAACCUUGUUUGUACAAGCGUCGUUAGGAUAAUGGGAAAUUUUCAUUAUUUUUCCUCAAUUGUUGUCUUCACGAAAGUUAAUUAUAUUUCUUUCAUGUUAGCAUGGCUAGUUAGUUCUUGUGUCCCCCGUUUAUUCUUUUAUUUUAAAUGCAUAUUAGGAGUUACACCUGGUUUACAAAUUGACUAUGACUACCUAAUAUCCGAGGGAUUUACUUCA